GAAGUUGACUGACGGUUGUUAGCCCCCCUCAGAUUCUCUCUCUCUCUCUCUAUCCUGUUUUUCCUUUUUUCCUACUCAACACUCGCUGUUUAUUUGAAAACUUAACACCCAGUUCCAAUCAAUCAUGGAAUGUGCAAAGAGGAGAGAGAGAGAGGAGUAAUAUGUAGUGUUGUAUCAAUAUCACAGUCCCCCAUACCCUCAACCUCAAAGUGGUCCUCCCUCCAUUGAUACCCAGCUUCAUCCUUAUCCUGCACCCCUUUCUACCUUCCUUUGUUAUCCUGCGCAAGUUUUUUCCCAUUCUUCCCCACUAAAUUCUCACCAAAAUGGCCAUAGAAGAAGAGGAGUUCGUCCUUUCUUCUGGUUGCAUCAAUUAAGUCUCUUUUGUAUUGGAUUCAACUCUAAGAAGCAAAAGAAGAACAACAACAACAACAACAACAAGAACAAGAACAAGAAGAAGAAAGAAGAAGAAGAAGGAAACAUGACAAGUGAAGAAGGAGAAUGGAGUAGAGAAGAAGAAAAGGCCUUUGAGAAUGCAAUUGCAAUGCACUGGUCAAUCACCACCACCACCACCGACGAUGGUGAUAACUCUCAAGACCAAUGGGAUAACCUAGCUUCCAUGAUACCCACCAAGACCCUCUCACAGCUGAAGCAACACUAUGAGAAGCUCGUCGACGAUGUCAAUGCAAUCGAGGCCGGUCUAGUGCCUAUCCCUCUUUACACCACUGAGGAAACCACAAAGAAAGAUCAUCAGCUCCCUCUCAAUACUUCUGCUUCUACUUCUACUGAUCGGAGAUCGAAUAACAACUCCGGUUUCGCCGGAUUAAGUAGUGAAUCGGCUGGGACCGGCCACAGAUCGAAACAUGGUUCUAGGUCAGACCAGGAACGCCGGAAAGGGACCCCGUGGACGGAGGAAGAGCAUAGGUUAUUCUUGUUGGGCCUUGACAAGUUUGGGAAAGGGGACUGGAGAAGUAUUUCAAGGAACUUUGUCAUUUCAAGGACACCAACCCAGGUGGCAAGUCAUGCCCAGAAGUACUUUAUCCGAUUGAAUUCAAUGAAUAGAGAUAGGAGGAGAUCUAGCAUCCAUGACAUUACUAGUGUGAACAGUGGAGAUGUUUCUUCACCACAAGGCCCCAUUACAGGCCAACAAGCCCACAUGACCUCAACUACUACACCAACUACUGGCAUCGGCAUCGGCACCGGCACCGGAACCUGCCCACCGAUGAAGCAUCAUCGGCCGCAGCUGAAUAUGGCCAGCAUGGGCAUGUAUGGAGCUCCUAUGGGUCAGCCAGUUUCAGCACCAGGGCAUAUGGUUUCAGCAGUUGGAACUCCAGUUAUGUUCCCUCCUCCGGGGCAUCAUCCUCCCUAUGCCGUCCCGGUUGCUUAUCCGGUAGCGCCGCCGACAUUACAUCAAUAGGCAAUGGCUCCUCAGUAUACUUCUCCAAUUAAACAUCAAUGGUAUCUGAGCUUGACUUUGACCAUGGUAAAAAAAAGAAUAAUAGAGACUAUAUGUUAACUUUAAUUCAGUUAAAAACCCACAAGGUAUCUUCCCUUGUUGAAUUCACUAUCUACAGGUAUCAGGCUAAAGAUGUUGUUUUCAUGGUCUUAUUCUUCAUUUGGAGGUGGUGUUAGGUGUGGGGUCCUUCUACAUCAUUUAGAUUGUGAUAUAUGGGUCCAGGCUUCAAAAGAUUUAUAUGAGUUGAAACAAUGGAUGGAAUAAUUCUUCUUUUA